UGCCGUAGUUGGACAGAAGAUUACUACUCCUUCCUUGCGUUAAUGUGACGAUAGUGUUUCUUGAAUGCAUCUUCACUUAUUUGUGACAGAUCACUCUACAGAUCGCCAGUGCAGAACUAUCUGCUGUCAGUGAAUGAACUUAUUUUUAGUUCAUGUUAUUCCAGCGACAAAUAUUGUACAUUGCCGUUAGAAAUGACUCCGAGGAUUUUAACGUGUGUAUCGGAAGUUCUAUAUUACAGACAUUAUUUUUAGUUCUCGUUCUUAAAUUUCCUUUUACGUCAUCGGAACGUGUGUUCUUAUCUUUCUGCGUCAGUGAUUGACAUUUAUAGCUUGCAAGUUUUAGUAUGAAUUACGCAUUUAAGUGUUUUGGAAAUGAAAGGACGCUGUGUGCAAAUGUGACGGUGUUACUUUGGAUUAUGGUGUUCUGUUUGUGUCAUCAGUCGCCUUGUGUUUGUUUGUAUUUGGCUUGACCAUUGCUUCCCGAUGGCCAUUUUAUUUUCGACAUCACAAUCAAGGAAGUGUUUAGGCUUAUCUUGAGAAUUGUUUAUUAGCUGCAAAUACUGAGGAUGCUAUGCUAGCUACAAAUUGUGACCAUCAAUGUUCUGCCUGGGCUACCUUUUCUGUACCAGCGUGUGCAUGAUGGAGUGGUCCAUGUCUUUAUCCAGGUCAGCGUCUAGUUCUAGCAGCGGGAAUCGAAGUGGUGGUAGUCAGAGGUCCAUCCGUAACUCAGAAGCGGCGUCUCUUAUGCUCAGCAAUUUUCCACCACCUAGAAGUUACGGCAGUCUUCUCACUUAUUAUCGAUUUGUCAGAAAUGGAACUAUCAUCUGUAAUAAUCAGAAUCUCCACCGCACCGAAUCGAUGGUCUCUCUCUGUUUCCGCUCUCUGGUGAAUUAUAUCACAGAUGAUAACUUAGCUGGGCUGAAAAUUUUUCUUGAGAACAAAAGAGUUCAAAUAGAUGAUAGAGAUGAGAAUAACAAUACUGCACUUAUAGUAGCUGCCUCUAAAGGAAAACUUUACUUUGUAAGGGAAUUAAUAAAUCAUGGUGCUGAUGCCAAUGCAGAGGAUGCAGAUAACUGGUCAGCACUUUUGUGUGCAGCCAAAGAAGGUUAUGCAGACAUUUGUAUGGAACUCUUGGAACAUGGCGCUGAUAUUGAGCACAGGGAUAUGGGUGGAUGGACAGCACUUAUGUGGGCAACAUACAAGGGCCACUCAGAGGCAGCAGCAUUGUUGCUGGACCGUGGUUCUGAAGUGAAUGCUCAUGGCAAUUACCAUAUUUCAUCACUGCUUUGGGCAGCUGGAAGAGGCCAUGUAGAUAUUGCCAGAAACCUCAUACAUCAUGGAGCCAAAGUUAAUGUGGGUGACAAGUAUGGUACAACUGCUCUUGUGUGGGCUUGCCGAAAAGGGAAUGUUGAUAUUGUAGAUAGUUUGUUAAAAGCAGGGGCAAAUGUGGAUACAGCUGGAAUGUACUCCUGGACACCAUUGUUGGUAGCAACUUUAGGGAAUCAUGUGGAUGUUGUAAACCGUUUGUUGGAACAUAAGCCUAAUGUGAAUGCCUUGGACAAAGAUGGUUGCACAGCUCUAACUCUAGCCUGCAAGGAGGGAUUUCAUGAAAUUGCUGUAGCCUUGCUCAAUGUGGGAGCAUAUAUAAACAUACAGGACCGUGCAGGAGAUACAAACCUGAUUCAUGCUGUAAAAGGAGGCCAUAGAGGAGUAGUUGAAGCUUUACUGAAGAAGUAUGCAGAUGUUGACAUCUCAGGGAAAGACAGGAAAACAGCAAUAUAUUGGGCUGUAGAAAAGGGAAAUGUUGCAAUGGUGAAGCUUCUUUUAAGUGCAAAUCCAGAUCUAGAAAUGUCAACAAAGGAUGGUGAUACUCCACUCUUGAGAGCAGUGAGGAUUAGAAAUGUUGAGAUUGUGCAACUUCUCCUUGACAAAAAGGCAAAGGUUUCAGCAAAUGAUAAGAAAGGAGACACUGCUCUUCAUAUAGCAAUGAGAGCCAGGUCAAAGGGUAUAGUUGAAGUACUCCUAAGGAAUCCUAAAAAUAGCCAGCUGUUAUAUCGACCAAAUAGGUCAGGAGAAACACCAUACAAUAUUGAUAUGAAUCAUCAAAAAACUAUAUUGGGUCAAAUAUUUGGAGCAAGACGAUUAAACACUAAUGAAGACAAUGAGAACAUGUUAGGAUAUGAUCUGUACAGUAGUGCUUUGGCAGAUAUCCUGAGUGAACCGUCAUUGUCAAUGCCUAUAACAGUUGGCUUGUAUGCCAAAUGGGGUAGUGGCAAGUCCUUUCUACUAAACAAACUGAGAGAGGAAAUGAAGAACUUUGCCCGUCAGUGGGUGGAUCCAGUAUUCCAGUUUUCAUCCCUUUUGCUAUUAGUUAUUGUACACACUGCCUUGCUUGCUGGUAUGGUGAUUGGUUUGGCAGUCAGGUCAUGGAUAAUUGGUGUGUGUUCGGGUGGUGGAUUGGUCCUUUUUUGUUAUACAUUCCUAAUACUUGUUUGGUAUGGCAGUCAAAGGUAUGACUGGUACUGGCCAUACAAUUUCCAUGUGUAUGUUACUCGUAAACUCAAUUCACUGAAACUCAUUCUUCAAGUGAUGUUUUGUCAUCCUCCUGGAGCCAAUUGGAAUGAUGGUCUUGCUGCUCAACCUAUUAGGUUCUACUUUACUGAUCAGACACGAGUGAGCAGCACAACAGGAGGAGAGAAUUCUGUGGUGCAAAUGCUGGGGUCUCUUUAUGACUCUAUUGAGAAUGACUAUGGUGCAUUUGCAACACGUCUGUACAGAGCAUUUAGACCUAAAUCAGUAAAAUCUACAUCAUCUUGGAGGUGGCGACGGCUGUGUUGUUUACCUUAUGUGAUCAUCUUUGAAAUAGGCUUCUUAAGUUUUCUUGCUGGGAUCUGUGUCCUGACUUUGUACCUUUUAACGUAUGAGACAGACCCUACAUCUGAGACUGCUAUACUUGAACGUACAACUGCUCAGGUGAUCCUUAUUACGAUUGGCUUACUACUUUGUGUGGGCAUUGUGGCUAACCUUUAUACAUGGGCACAGAUGCUCCAGGCUUUGGUGUUUUCACAAAGACGUCACCUACAGCGAGCUAUAUCACAUCUUGAUACUCUAAAAUCUGAGGGCUUCCUUCAAGCACUACGUUCAGAGGUCAACCUUAUGACUGAAAUGGCGAAGUGCUUGGACAGUUUUACAACACAGCAAACCCGAUUAGUUGUCAUAGUUGAUGGACUAGACAGCUGUGAACAAGACAAAGUACUGCUUGUGUUGGACGCUGUUCAUAUGUUGUUUUCUGAUACAACUUCCCCUUUCAUUGUCAUACUUGCCAUUGAUCCUCAUGUUAUAUCAAAGGCUGUGGAAGUAAAUAGUCGUCGUUUGUUUAACGAGUCCAAUAUCGGUGGUCAUGAUUAUCUACGCAAUAUGGUACACCUUCCAUUCUAUCUGCAAAACUCCGGUUUGCGAAAAGUGAAAGUUGCGCAACAGACGGCUCAGCAUCACAGGAAAAGCAAUGCUACAGCAACUGCAUCCUCCUGGAAUGAAAAUGAAGAAAGUGUCAACUUAGCUGCUACAAGUGCUUUCUCUACGGUGUCAGGUCGGAGAUUGUCUUCAGAAUCAGGUCUAAGUAGUUCUGAGAAACUGAAGCCAGCAUCUAGGAAAGGUUCUCGCAAGUUGAAACUGAGUGAGAGUAUUGCUAGCAGCUUGGGUAGUAAUUUAAACCGUGUGGGUGGAGCCCAUGACCUCACCAAAAUGCUCUUGACAGAUGAUUACUUCAGUGAUGUGAAUCCGCGUAGCAUGAGAAGACUGAUGAAUGUUGUGUAUAUAACAGGUCGAUUACUAAAAUCAUUUCAGAUUGAUUUCAAUUGGUAUCAUUUAGCAAGUUGGGUGAACAUUACUGAACAAUGGCCAUUUAGAACAUCAUGGAUUAUUCUUUAUUAUGAUAUGUAUGAGGAUACAUUCGAUGACAAUACCUCACUGAAAACUAUGUAUGACAAAGUUCGUCCUCAGAUCCCAGUACUAAAAGAUGUGGAACCUCUGUUAGAACUUGAUAGAGAUGAACGAAAGUUUGAUAUUUUCCUGACGUACCAUCGGAACAGCCUCUUAGUUAGUGACUUGAAGAUUUUUUUACCAUUUACCAUCAACCUGGAUCCAUACAUAAAGAAAGUUAUAAAAGAGGAGCAGCAGAGUUCAGAUGAAGCUGCAGGACUUAUAAUGAGCUCUCAGUUUGCAGCCUCGCCUCCUCCUGCUCCUGCAAUGGUUCCACCUCCAUCUCAGACAUGGGGAACAUCUAGUUCCUCAAGUCCUUGGUCUGGACACAAAUCCUCACUUACAAGGAGACAGAGGCCUUUAAGCAGGAGCUCAUCUGUACAAGGACCAAAUAUGCUUUAUUCCCAACAUUCAAUGGUAGGUUGGCCUCAGGCCUGGAUGAGUAUGCAAGAUCCAAUGGGUGGUCUGACCAGACAACAAUCAACCAUCUAUCCUCCUCUGUCUGCUGUCACCUGUCUGCCACCCGAUGUUCUAGAAACAAAACUGUCAACCCUGAAUGUAGAUGGUGUCUCUAAUCUGCUUACUAAAGUUGAUGAUAUGAGUUCAUCCUUCUUACCAAGCUACACAAGUGUUAUACACGAGAACAAUAUCAAUGGUCGAGUAUUACUACACUGUGACUUGGAUGAACUGAAGAAGGUUCUUCAAAUGAAUUUUGGCGACUGGGAGUUAUUCCGCAUGCUCGUCGUGUCUCUGAGAGAACAGGAGCUUGCAGUUGUCACCCACCAGGAAGAAUUAGGUUCAAAAAAUGUCCGGUUUGCUGACCCUUCUCGUCAAGUUACAUUGCAAGCACCAGAAAGGAAGGGUAUCAAUCCAAAAACUAGUGGACAGCUUGAAAAGGAAAAGUCAUCAUCUCGUGGUGAUGCUAGAUCAACCAACAAGCAAACAAUAAUGGAGAAACAGGUGACACUGGAAGAGCAGAUGAUAUGUGGUGCCCUGCAAACACUGAAUGAAGAAGCUUGUGAAGAUGUCAUGGAGGAAACUGAAGAGGAAGUAGCGACACCAUAUAAGGUCACAAGUUUAGCCCCACCAUCUGAGUUAGAUCUACAGACAAGCAGUUGUGUCCAACCAGCCAACCAAAGCAGUAGUGUAGUUGACACAUUGGGUGAGACAGAAGUAGUUCUUCUCCAGUCAUCCCCUCAUCAUCCGUACUGGCAACCAGUGACUAUUAACAUUGGCAGUGGCAGCCAUGAUUCCAACAUUGACUGUUGUCCAAGUGCUGAUGGUUCUGCCAGUGCAACACCCAUCCAGCAACGUAAACAGCAAAUGGAAGAACAGAGCUUGAGUGGUAAGCCUCCUUUACCACCAACUAAACUGGAGUCAGCUGCAGGUACAAAUAGAGAUUCGUUGCAUAGUCUUCUGCAGCAUACGAGCUCCACACGGAGCAUCACCAGUUCUCAAAGCAUAGGCUGUAGCAGUGCAUUACCAAAGCCUAAGCAGCAUCAAAGACCAUCAUCCUUAUUCGUGCUUGGUGAUGACCUGAAUAUGGAACAUAUAACACCUCCAUCCUCUCCAAAGCAUCACAGUGCAUUUCGUUCUCGUUCCGCAGAUGAUGGACGCAACAACAGUAAACCUUUACCUGUUGCAUCCACAUCCAUUAUAACAAACCUUACCUCGUCUUUACGUGCCAAAAUGUCCAAUGGUUCACUUAUUGAAGGAGCAACAGGAAGCCCAUCUGUGUCUCCAUCUUUCCUUAUUACUCCGACUUCGAGUUUGGAAAAGUUGAAUAGGUUAAAGGAUCGUAUCAUGCGUACAGUAACUGCUCCUGGUGGAAACAUUUCCAGUAGUUCAGGGGUGGUCAGUGGAGAAGGGCAUGUAGACAUAGAUAGUGAUGAUGAAAGUACACCUCUUGUGUCAGAGAUUUCCACUCCUGCUGCCAGUAGUGGUUUGAAUGCAUUAGCAUCUGAAUUCUUGAAUCGUGGCUUCUCUGUAGUGGGUGGAUAUAGUAGUCAUUCUGGCAGCAGUGAUGAUUCACCAUCAUCAGUUAAGACAACACCCAUAUCUCCCCCAAAAGUGAUACUGCAGCAACAGCAGGAACAAGAAAUGAAAGAACAGCUUCCAUCUGAGGCUGACAAUGGUAAUCUUGAUGUCCUUAUUAACAGUCCUUUUAUGCGAGAUGAUAAUAACAUAGCAGCACUUGAAAAUUAUGCCUCCUCCUCCUGUGGCUCUUCAGUCUCCUUAAGCCAAGUGCUGGAACCAGCAAGCAAUUACUACCACUUGGUGACAGUGAGUGAUAGUAUAAGUAGUGUGGAAGUUGACUCACAGUUUAGUUCACAUGAACAACUAAAUGACAGUGACUUGAGACUUAGCAGCAGUAAGAUGAUGCUAUCUUCAUCAUGUCACUUGUCAAGACAAGAUGCCCUGGAUCGUUCAGGAGGAGGUAGCUGUGGUGACAGUAAGGACCAUCAAGAUGAGUGGAGUAAUCCGGAAACCACAGUAUGAUUUAUUGUGAUAUCACUUCUUAUGAUAUAAUUCAGCAGCAUUUUCACCAUCACUUGCAAUUCCAUCCAUUGCAAUCUAAAAUCCUGCUUCAACAGUUAUAACAGAUUGUGUGUUUGUUACCAAUAGCAGUUAUUUUGCAGAACUGAUUAUUCACAUUUUGCAAGCUUUAAUGUACUGCACCGUAAAAGUAUACAUAAAAUCAAGGUAGAUCAUAUAGAACUAGGGGGAGGGGAGAGAAAAAGAAAGUGGGGGCAUGUGCAUGCACUGUUGGUUGUAGAAAACAUAUUGAAGUAACUUACAUUUGGUACAAAAUGGACAAAAAUCAUUGUGUGAUAGAUGAAUGUUGACAACUAUUGACUGGCUUGUGGUUAAAUAGUGCACAAAUAAAUAUUCGCAUAGUUACAAAAUUGAUUUCACGUAAACUUGUGUAAAUUACAGAAAUUAUUUACUGUGUUUAUAGCAGUUUCUGUUUAGAUGUCAGUAUUGCUAUAUGAUUUUUUUUCCUUAAAAAGAAUUGUAGUGAAAGACAUCUACCAUAGACAUUUGUUUACUUAUUUUAUUCAAUUUUGUGUAUAUACCUGAAAAUGUACUUCCAGGAAAUUAUAAUAUUAUGUGCUCUGUCCUACAAAUAUUUCUGGUGAUAUUAUGCAGCAGAUGCUGACUGAUACUGUUGUUUAUUUGUGAUUGAUGCAGCGUUGAAUUGAGGUUGUAAAAUAUUUCAUACUACCUGCAUUAUAGGCAUAUAAAGUAAGCAAAAUCUAUGAAGGAUGUGCAUAUUAUAUAGUAGCUUUCCCUUGAGUAGAAUCCAUACCACAUUGAGCAAGUGCCAGGAAUACAUCUAAAAUUGUUUUAAUCAGAAUCCUGGUCAUUUAACACCGGUGGUAAACUGAGCUCAAGUGUGUGGUCUAUUUUGACAAUGUGCAACACCCAAACCAAUUUAAUAUUCUGACUGUGCUGGUUGGAUAUCUGCUGAUAGAAUGAAAAUUUGUAUACAAUACAGCGUCAAGAAUUUUGUGCUAAAUGUGCGUAUAUCGAUGACAAUCUCUUAAGUGGUUAGAGAUUUGUGAAAUGUGCAGAGAUUAUAGAACUUUAUAUAUUCUUCUGAAUGUCUCUCCAAUAUGUUGUCCUGAGAGAAUUACUUUACACUGUAGGAAUUGAUGGAAGAAGACAUUCAAAACUGUGGCCUUGAAUGCCAUAAAUACUGAAGUUUAGACACCCUUCUUUUACACAUGGCAUCAUACUUUUUAUUUGCCUGUAACAGUGUUCUCAAGUAUAGUCAUUAUUGACCAGUUGAAGUUAUCAUUGUUUACACGACAAAGUGACAUAACAUAUUAAGAAUGCAUUGGUUUAUUAAAAUGUGUUUGAUUAAAAACCCAGAUUAUAAAUGUCAGCAUUUCCAUUAUCACUUCAGCAUUUUGCUUUCUAAGAAGGAAGAACAAUUUUUUUAAAACAGUAAUAUGUCAUCAUAGUUUAAUGUAAGUUGAGUUAAGAUUAUUGAUAAUGAUUCAUUAUAAGAUUUUGUAUCCAAACAAUAUUAAUGUUUGUAGCCACCAACAAUAGAUCACUUGAGGACCAGUCUGCUAUUAAACAGCAGACAGAGAGAUUUGAAUUUAAAAAUAAGACUUGUUAAUGUUGAAUUUAUUAUACUUGAAGAAAACUGUUUCUGGCACCAGGUUAAAGCAAUUAACACUUGUUGAUAGAUGAAUGAUGAUGAUAGUGUAUCACUGUGGUACUAUAAUUUUUCAUUCAUCCUUCUGACAGAGUAUAACUUUUUCGACAUCUUUGUAAUGUUUAUCUGUUGUGUCUACUUUAUAUCCCUCAUGUGCACUACUUAUCACAUUAUGAAAUAUUUUAAGAAUUAUAAAGAUAGCUUUUGUUGAUUUGUUGAAUGGAAUGGGGAAAGAUUAGAUCUAUUUUUAGUUUUUAGUUUGCCUACUCUUAUGGCCCUUUUCAUGAAGUAGAUAAUUUGAAAGUAACAUAGGCUACAAGAAGAUAGGAUAACAAUCCUUCAGGGUGGAACUGAACUUUUAAAGAUUAAAACAUACAUGGCAAUAGGCAUAAAAAAAUAAAUGUUACACCAUAAUUUAUUUGCACAUGGAAUAAUAGUGAUUUAGUAGCAAAAGUUUAUUUGGAAAUUAUAUAUAUUUUUUCAAAGGAAAUGGGAUAUUUUACAUGUUUCCAACUAAUCACACAAUUAAAUUCAAAUGUAACUUUUGUUAUAUUAUGUAAAUUGUACUAAGUGCUUCAGGAACAAGGACACUUAACUAGUAUGCACUUCCAGAGGCUGUGACAGCAGUGUGCGUGUUUCCAUACCAAUAAUUCAGUUAGGUUAGGUUCAGGAUGCCUUCAUGAUGUUGUGUACUAACUUGUUUGUAACUUGUGUGUUUGUUACUACUGCAGUCUAUAUCAUGCAGUAGAUAUGCUAUUAUGUUGGUUUUGGAGUCUGUAACAGGUAAAAAUUUGUAUACUCUAAUUAUUAUUUAUAUUUUAUUUUUGGACUGCUUAUUGUCCUUACAUUUGACCUAAAAUGUAGAAUCUGAAACUAAGGGUGUACUAAUGUAUUUUUUUUUCAGUCUGUUUACAUCUAAAAGAAGCCAUGGCUAGCACAUAAGAAUAUGAUAAUAUCUGUAAGCUGGUACAACUUGAAGAACAGAACUGUCUUGUGACAUGUUACAAGGAAAAUAGCAAUAUUGCAAAUUCAGACUGGCUGCUAGCGUGUCUCAUGUUACCGUGAGUUAUGCAGCAAUAGAAUUACUAUCUUCAUAUGUAUAACUAUUAAUAGCUGUAACUUCUGUAGAAUUGUUUACAUUAAUGACUUCCUAGUACAGAAUUUGAAAGACAGCACUGAAUAUUACUGUGUUUAGAAUAUUACAUGACCUAGUAGUGCAUAUGUUGUUGAAUAAGUUUUGCUAUUCCGGGCAUCAUAGUUAAAUAACUUCCAGUUUUGUAGACAUCUCGUCAGUCACUAAAAAGGAUUGUAUUGCACGAUCUGACUUGGUUUUAUACAAUUUUUGUAUUUAUAUUUUAUUUAACAAUACUGUCAAUAGCUCAUAUUAUAUAGUGUCAAAUGUGAGAAUGAUAAUGAAUUGAAAAGUAUCUGGAAAUAUGUGAUUGUAGCGUAACUUAAGGUACUAUCCUGGCAUUUUCCUCGAAGAGCUGAGAAAUACCACAAAAAAUCUGUCAGAAUAGCUGGUCUCUGGGCUGAGAUUUCAACCCAGGUCCUCCUGAAUACAGAGCAGGAGUGAUAACCACUCAUCCACAAUAUUUGGUUGGUUUUGUUUGAAGGUCUGAUAAGUUGUUAUUCAAAAUUAAUUAAUUCUUCCUCUCUACAGUUUAUUGCAUUAAGCCCAACAUUUUAAUUGCAUCAGCUAUAUAUAAUCCUCCUCUUUCCUCACACUUGGACUCUGGAACAGCAUACAUAAACUUUUUCAUUCUGUCCUGAACUAAAUGUAGUUCAUACAUGAUAGAUUCAGAUCUUCA